UAGUUUAUAGUAAAACCCCAAUUCUAAUAGUGAAGCUAAACCCUCCCUAAAUCUCCAAAACCCUAGCAAAACAUCCACUUUCUCAAUGGCGAGAUCUCUGACGCAGUCAUGGCGCCGAAUUCUGACAUAUCAGACGCCGUCGCGGUGGUGCUUUGAACAAUCAUCGGAGCCUUCUCAUUUUCUGCUGAAAUCACUACCAGAGGUCAAGUCCCCAGGCAUCAGCGGUGUCAGGUUCAUUAGUGCACAAGCAACAGCAAGUAAUCCUGCUCAAACUCGACAAUCGGGGGCUGUUAAAUUAGCACUUACUAGCGUUGGAACUGUGUUCGACCCAUAUUCACCAAGUGAGCCAAUCCCAUUUUGGCGUAGAUGGUUUACUCGACCGGGUCUGAAAAGAACAAAAGAAGAAUUUCUUUCACAGCUAAAAAGUUUAUACGCAAUUUCACAAGUGAAGAAGAAAUGUGGGCAUUCUAAACAGAAGUUUUAUGGAGAAGCUGUUCAUUUAUACCAGCAGAUAAAUACCCUAGUGGCCAAUGGAGACAAAAAAUCAUUGAGGAAAUGUGUUACGGAGAACAUGUAUUCUGUCUUCAAGAAUGAAAUCAAACACAGAGAGACAGUGUGGGAUCAUAUUCACUGGGAACUGAUCAUGCCAAUCGUUAAAAUACGAACUCUUCGAGCUCGUCUGAUUGGUUUAGAUAAAAAUGAUAUCGGGAAAUCUUUUGCACAAAUUACGAUCGAGUUUCUCAGUAAACAGAAGUUUGAGGCAUACGACUCAAAUGGAGCUGUUGUUGCUGGUGAUAAAAACAAGGAGGUUCUUGUACGCGAUAUAUGGGUCUUCGAGAGAUCUCUCUUCCAUCACGGAUCCUACUGGCGUCUUUGUGGAAGAAUCAAGGUGUAAUUGUCUGUCCUCCAGCGUCAUACCUGCUUCUCAGUUUUGUCAAUAAACAAGGAUCCCAUUUUCUCAUCAUGGAAGCACUUCGUUCAUUUUUCGCGAAAUCUUUGAGACAGGUAACCUGCAUCUUUUCUUCAUCUAGGGAAGCAAAUGGCUGCUGGUCCAUAUGUAAGCUUUGAACUCUCAAUUCACUUGAUUUAUUUGUGCUAUAUGAACACUUGGGAUUUUUUCAAGCAUCAAUCUAUUUAAUAUAUUUUCUUGCA